AGUUGGGUUGUCAACAACAAACGUCAUUGUGAAGGAGGCGUUUAAUAAUAGCAAUUAAAGUUUAACUCAAAUUUCAAUUUCCAUAGAUUUGUAUUGUCAAAACUUUAAUUCGCCAGCGUGCGAACAUUAAAGAACAAAUUUUCUGAUACACGGCUUCAUCAUUUUGGAAUUAUUCCCAUAUCAAAAAUCCAAGAUGACCGAUUCAAAAUAUUUCACCACCACUAAAAAGGGUGAAAUAUUCGAGCUCAAAUCAGAAUUGAAUAAUGAUAAGAAAGAGAAAAAGAAGGAAGCCGUGAAGAAGGUAAUAGCUUCCAUGACUGUUGGAAAAGAUGUAUCAGCUUUGUUUCCGGAUGUUGUAAAUUGUAUGCAAACUGAUAAUUUGGAGCUUAAGAAACUUGUAUAUCUGUAUUUGAUGAAUUAUGCCAAGUCUCAACCAGAUAUGGCUAUUAUGGCUGUAAAUACCUUUGUAAAAGACUGUGAAGAUCCCAAUCCUUUGAUUCGUGCACUUGCUGUUCGCACAAUGGGGUGUAUUCGUGUUGAUAAAAUAACUGAGUACCUUUGUGAACCUCUACGGAAGUGCCUCAAAGAUGAGGAUCCCUAUGUGAGAAAGACAGCUGCUGUCUGUGUUGCUAAACUCUAUGAUAUUUCUUCAGGUCUAGUUGAAGAUCAGGGUUUCUUAGACCAACUAAAAGAAUUGCUUAGUGAUUCAAACCCAAUGGUGGUGGCGAAUGCCGUGGCUGCUUUAUCAGAGAUUAAUGAAAGUAGUCCGACUGGUCAACCACUAGUUGAACUUAAUACUUCAACCAUCAACAAGCUUCUUACUGCCCUGAAUGAAUGCACAGAAUGGGGACAAGUGUUCAUCUUGGAUUCCCUAUCUAAUUACAAUCCAAAAGAUGAUCGGGAAGCUCAAAGCAUCUGUGAAAGGAUAACUCCUAGGCUGGCACAUGCUAAUGCUGCAGUUGUUUUGUCUGCAGUUAAAGUUCUAAUGAAAAUGAUGGAAAUUCUUGCAUCUGAUACAGAGUUUUGUAGCAGUUUGAGUAAAAAGUUAGCUCCACCUUUAGUUACCUUACUUUCAUCUGAACCUGAAGUCCAAUAUGUGGCAUUAAGAAAUAUUAAUCUUAUUGUACAAAAGAAACCAGACAUUCUGAAGCAUGAGAUGAAGGUGUUCUUUGUGAAAUAUAAUGAUCCCAUUUAUGUGAAACUGGAAAAAUUGGACAUUAUGAUUCGAUUGGCCUCCCAGGCAAACAUUGCACAGGUUCUAAGCGAGUUAAAGGAGUAUGCCACAGAAGUCGAUGUUGACUUUGUCAGAAAAGCAGUCAGAGCUAUUGGUAGAUGUGCCAUCAAAGUUGAACCUUCUGCUGAAAGAUGUGUAUCCACUUUGCUUGAUUUGAUUCAGACCAAAGUGAAUUACGUUGUACAAGAGGCCAUUGUUGUCAUCAAGGAUAUAUUUAGGAAAUACCCUAACAAAUAUGAGAGUAUCAUUAGUACACUUUGCGAAAACCUAGACACUUUAGAUGAACCUGAGGCUAGAGCCAGUAUGGUGUGGAUCAUUGGAGAAUACGCUGAGAGGAUUGACAAUGCUGAUGAGCUCCUCGACAGCUUCUUGGAGGGUUUCGCUGAUGAGAAUGCUCAAGUUCAACUACAGCUGUUGACAGCAGUUGUUAAGUUGUUCCUGAAACGACCGGCACACACGCAAGCGCUAGUGCAGCACGUCUUAAGCCUGGCAACUCAGGACUCAGACAAUCCAGAUCUCAGGGAUAGGGGAUUUAUUUAUUGGAGGUUAUUGAGUACAGAUCCUGCUGCAGCAAAGGAAGUGGUUUUGGCAGAUAAACCUCUUAUUUCUGAAGAAACAGAUCUGUUGGAACCCACUUUACUUGAUGAACUCAUUUGUCAUAUUUCAUCUUUAGCCAGUGUUUAUCACAAGCCGCCUACUGCGUUUGUUGAAGGUCGCAGUGCAGGUAUAAGGAAAACCCUCCCAGCUGCUAAGCCUGGUGUCGAAGAACCUGCACCAGAAGCUACAGUAAUUCCUAGUCAGGAGUCCCUUAUUGGAGAUCUUCUAUCUAUGGACAUCAGUAGUACCAUCACACCGGCACCCACUGCACAACCAACAUCCAAUGUUGACUUGCUUGGUGGCGAUUUGGAUAUUCUGUUGAGUGGUCCAAGUCCAGAUUUAACAAGUGGUGUUCAACCAUCAACAACAGGUCUUCUGGGGGAUAUAUUUAUGUCUACAGCGCCAGUGAAGCUCAAUCCUCCAAAAACAUGUUGGUUACCGGCGGAAAAAGGCAAAGGACUGGAACUUUUCGGUACAUUUUCUCGUAGAGGAGGUCAGAUGGGGAUGGAUCUUACCAUAACAAAUAAAGCAAUGCAGGCUAUGAGUGGAUUUGCGAUCCAAUUCAACAAAAAUAGCUUCGGUAUGUCGCCCAUCCAGCCAAUGAAUGUGGGACCCUUACCACCUGGCCAGAGUCUUGAGUAUCGCUUGCUUUUAAAUACAACUGGUCCAGUACAGAGAAUGGACCCCCUAACCACUCUUCAGGUAGCCAUCAAGAACAAUGUUGACGUAUUCUACUAUGCAUGUCAGAUUCCCCUGCAAAUACUCUUCACCGAAGAUGGUACCCUGGACAAAAGAGUAUUUUUGACUACUUGGAGAGACAUCCCUUCUGCCAACGAAGUUCAGUACACUCUCAACGAUCUCAAGGGUAGCGCAGAUGUCAUUUCUAACAAAAUGACUCAAAGCAAUAUCUUCACAAUAGCGAAAAGAAAUGUUGAGGGACAGGACAUGCUUUAUCAAUCUUUGAAGCUAACAAACAAUAUUUGGGUCCUUUUAGAACUGAAACUCACACCGGGUUCCACUACUGCCACCCUCAGUUUGAAAACUAGGUCGGUUGAAGUGGCUCCAUUCGUUUUUCAAGCCUACGAUUCUAUUGUGAAGGCUUAGGAAUGAGCUCUUCUGCUUUAUUAAUAAAGUUUAAUACUUGCUGUAAUAGUUAAGUCAUAUCCAUUAUUUGCAGUAAUGUAUUCAAUCACUUAAUGAUGUGUCUCAAAAGAAUACCUAUUUAGGAAUCGAUAGUGUGAAGGACAAGUAAAAAUUAACACUGAGAAUAUUUACUCUUCCUUUAUUAUCACAUUUGAUAAUUGUUUUUAAUCUAUGAAUUAAUAUUUGUGGUUUUUAAUGAAACGCCCAAGUUGAAUAUUGAUAUCAAAAUUUAUUAUAUAAUUUAGAAGAAUUUUUAUAUAAUUAUCCCAUUUCUAUUCAUUCCAUGUAUAAAAUAAUGUAUAAGUACUGAAGUUCAAAAUUUUAGUUGAAUUUAUUUUAUUGAAUAUUGUGUAGAAUAUUAAAUGUUAAACUUUUUAUCUUCA